AUGGAGAAUUACAGCGAAGAAACAAAGAGUCAAGAAAUAGAAGUUCUCGAUGUAUCGUCGCGCAAAUCGCAAGACAAAAAUGAAUUACCAAUAACAAGUGACGAUGGCGGAGAUUUACAAAAGGAUACUCACAAUGAAUACUCCAAGAAAUUAGACAUUAAUGGACAAAAAGUAAUAGUAGUGAAGCGUGAAGGCGAGAUAGUGAGCGGUGAAUCGGUAUCGAACUAUUGUGUUAUUGGAUCACCAGAACAUGUAGCGGCGUUAAGAGCCAAAAUUGAUGAACUCAAGGCUAAAUCUGAAAAUUACGAAAAAGAACACGUACAGCUGGAACGAGAACGUGCAGAGGCGCAAUCGAGAUCCGAACAAGUUGGCCAGCAACUUGAUAAACUUGUGACAGAGCUUAAGCAACUAGGUCAUGGAGAUGAAAACUCUGAUCAAACUAUACAUGCGACAGUGCAUACAUUUGGUCAUCUUCAGAAAUUGGAAAUUAUAGCGGACGAGGAAGAAGAAGAGGUGAAUUACGAUAGGUUAAUAAGGAAACCGAGAAUACGACAAUACUGGCAUGAAGGAACUUUGCAUAGAGAGGCUGAUGAGAGAAGUUCUAGUUAUACCGAGCUAUUCUGGGACAUAAUCUUUGUGGCAGUUGUGCAGAACUCUGGACAUUUAUUAGUGGAACACAUUUCCGGACAAAGCUUGGAAAAAUUUAUUGUUACAUUUUUUCCUAUAUUUCGAAUCUGGUUAGACCUUCAUUAUUACCUGAAUGUGUAUAGUUCGGAGGAUCUGAUCGAAAAAUUUUUACUUUUAUGGGAAAUGAUAUUGGUGAUUGUGAUGGGAACGCAUUCAUACGAUAUUUACGGCGAGAGCAGUGUCAUGUAUUUUGUUCCUUACAUAAUAUGCAGGAUGACCUUUGUACUAUUAUACCUGAAUUAUGCGAUAUCGAUCCCAAUGUUUCGCGCGGUGCUUAUCAACAAUGCCUGGCAAAUUUUUAUUCCUUGUGUUUUUUGGAUCGUUUUUUUGUUUGUUCCGUAUGAACAAAAGCGUCCGAUUAUGUGGGUUUCUAUAGUUUUUGAAAUAUUUUGGUUUCUCAUGAUUCCUCUGUAUGGCCGUUACUUUGUAAAAAAACCACCAAAUCAUGUUCACACUCGCGACUUUGAGAAGAUCGAUAGUCCUACAGAAGAUAGAAACGAAAGAACAUUUACAGAGACGACAUUAACGCCACACAAGGCAAUGAAAACAAGAGGAACCGAAUAUCAAUUUAAAUGGAGAGACUUAUUCAUAAUGUUCCAACAUUCUGAGUACAUAGCAGCUUUGAACAUAGAACAUUGGAGCGAACGUCUUGGUAUAUUUGCUAUCAUUUGUUUGGGUGAAGGGAUGUUUGGUAUUGUAUAUACAAGUGUCAACUCAAUUCCUGAUUGGCAGCUCGGAAAGGCAAUUUUAUCAUUAUUGUUAGCAUACAAUUUACAUUGGAUAUAUUUUGACGUCGAAGCCAGUAGACAGUUUCAACAUGCGCUGAGAAGACAUACUUUAACCGGAAUAUCGUUUACGUUAAUUCAUUUUCCAUUGAACACGGCACUGAUCGCUUUUGGCUCCUCAUUGAACGAAGUUGUGAAAAUAAGAGACUUCCCAGGCGCCGAGGAUGUCCCGAUGCCAAUGCAAAGUCAGGGUAAUACUUCGAUGGGAGGUUCAGAAGGAUUUGAAAAAAGUUUACAGUGGUUACUCUGUGGUUCACUGGCCGUUAUCAUGUAUUGUCUCGUUGUAAUCGGUCUUUUGCAUAAAGGAUUGGAUUCCGUUAAUUAUACGCGAAUUUCAAAGAAAUAUCGGCUUACUCUCCGAUUCGUUAUUGCAACGAUUUAUUUGAUUUUACCUCUCACAGGACUUAAUUCUGUAAAUCUGCUGGCCACGAUAUCAUCAAUUUCUCUUGUACUUGUAAUCACCGAAACUUACGGAAGACUUCGCAAGAGUGACCCUCUAUUUUAUAAUUGUGAUGAUGAUGUCAUUGGCAAUCAAAAUGAACACCAAGCUUAUAAACGUUAUGUAAGGUGGAGAUGGGGUUCAUUAGAAUUAAAUAAGAAGGGAUGGUCCAAGGGUAAAUUUAAAAGAAGAGGUUCGACCAAAGAUAAUGAGAGUAUUACAAAUGAUCAAAAAGAUCUUGAAAAAGCAUUAUUAAGAUUUACAUUUGUUACACAAUACACGUAUGAUACGUAUGAUGUAAUCCACCAACCUUCACACACAAUCAUGUGUGGAAUUUUAUUUCGUCUAGAAUGUCCCUUUUCGAAUGAAGUCUCUUCGGAGCACAUAUCCUUCCACCAAGAUUUAUUGAGUCGGUUGAUAAUUCAAAAUAAAAGGCGAGGUCCCAAUAGUCAAGAUCGGUUUUCUAUUUCAAUUUGUUCAGCCACUAUACCCGAUAACCAUGUCUCCAUGGAAUUUUACGGGGCUGUAUUACACUUGCGUGGAAAAUCCGUGAUCAAACAACCUUUGGUGAAUGGUGAUCAAGAUGUUUUAUUAUGGAACGGAGAAAUCUUUGAUGGUCUAGAGGUGCCCGCGGGGGAAAAUGAUACUGCACAUCUAUUCAAGGCUUUGAAGGAGAACAGUGAUGAUAGCGAUUACAAUAUUCUCAGUGUACUUCAGAAAAUCGAAGGACCUUAUUCAAUUAUUUACUGGCAGAGUCUGAAACGCAAAUUAUGGUUCGGACGUGAUUGUUUAGGAAGACGAUCUUUAUUAUGGCACAUUCCAUCCCAUAAGGAUCCCAAUUUUUUAUUAACUUCCGUUGGGUGUAAGAUUCCCGAUGGUCCAGAUGACAUUUUUACGACACCUUAUUUACAAGAGGUCCCAGCCAAUGGGAUCUACUGUAUUGACGUUGAUACCAUGUUGUCUUCUGAUCCCUCAGAAUCUUUUGAAAAGUUUUUGAUACAUAAUCGAUGGCAUAGAGCGGUUGACUUGACUAAAGAUGAAAAGUCAAAUGUUCUGAUAUUACCUUUUGGUUCAUUAGCCAGUACACUUCCCAAUCCGAAUGACCUUUCUCCAUUGUCACCAACAUUACCGCCAUCGGAUUCAUCUGUUCCAACAGCAUCCGCAGAAAUAGAAGUGGCUAUAGAUCGUAUGAUUGAUGAAUUAGGGAACUCGGUUGGCCGACGUGUGGUCGACAUCCCACAACUGGGGUCACCGAGUGAUGCCAGAGUGGCAAUAUUAUUUUCCGGUGGACUAGAUUGUAUUUGCCUGGCAGCAUUGGCUGACAAGUAUAUUCCGCAAGAGGAAUCAAUCGAUUUGUUAAAUGUUGCGUUUGAAAAUCUCCGGAUACAGCAAGCAAAGUCCAAAAAUAGAAAGAAAGGUUCACAAGAAAGGGAUGAUAAGUUAAUAUAUGAUGUACCCGAUAGGAUAACUGGAAGACAGGGUGUUGAAGAAUUAAGAGGAAUUUCACCGAAUAGGACAUGGAACUUUGUUGAAGUGAAUGUUCCAUACGAUGAAGCUUGCGAACGUAAGAAUGAGAUAGUCGAGUUGAUGGCGCCUUCUGACACGGUUAUGGAUUUGAGUAUUGCGAUGGCAUUUUGGUUUGCCGUGAGGGGCAAAGGUUUGUUUACGCUGAAUUUUGACGGUACCGUAACAUUUGAAAAUCAUAUAUUUACCGUCCUCCCCUUUGUCGCAGGUCAAAUAAAAUCAUGUGAUAAUCCAGAGAAUGUGAUGGAAUAUGAAAGUAAAGCAAGGGUGGUACUUGUUGGGGUAGGUGCAGAUGAAUUGUUGGCAGGAUAUUCGCGUCAUCGGGAAGCAUUUAAACAGGGCAGCUGGAAAAAAUUAAUUGAAGAGGUGCAAUUGGAUGUAGAUAGGAUUUCUACAAGAAACUUAGGUAGAGAUGACAGAAUAAUCUCUUCACAUUCGAAAGAAUCCAGAUUUCCAUAUUUGUCAACAAAUGUAGUUUCGUUUCUUUGUUCCUUGCCAAUGCACAUUAAGACGGAUAUGAGAUAUCCGAGAGGCAUAGGAGAAAAACUAUUGUUAAGACACGUAGCGAGGAAAUUGGGUUUAGCCAAGGCUAGCGUUCUACCAAAAAGGGCCGUUCAAUUUGGAGCUAGAACUGCAAAGAUGACUAAUGAGAAGAAGGGUGAGAGAGGAGACAUGAAAGUUGAUGAUGAAUAA